AUGUCUCAACUCGGGAACCGCGCCGCCUGGGCCGACGAUGAGGAGUUCGACGACCCCUCCGCUCUCCCCGCGCAAGAAGUGAUCGCCAACAAAGACGGCACCAAGACGGUCAUCUCCUAUCGGUUCAACGAAGAGGGCAAGAAAGUCAAGCUCACCCGCCGCAUCAAGACCACGGUCGUCCGGGAACAUGUCAACCCGCAGGUUGCGGAGCGCCGGUCGUGGGCCAAGUUUGGUUUGGAGAAGGGCCACGCCGCGGGCCCGUCGUUCGACACCACCUCCGUCGGCGAGAACAUCGUGUUCCGUCCCAGCGUGAACUGGAAGGCGCAGGCCAAGGAGGCCGAGAAGGCUGGUGGCGAGAAGGGCAGCAUGAAGGACCAGCUCAAGGACAAGAAGGUCAAGUGUCGGAUUUGCAGUGGCGAGCACUUUACGGCUCGCUGUCCCUUCAAGGACACCAUGGCCCCCGUCGAGGAGCCCACCGAGGGUGCUGGAGCCGACAUGGACGACGAGAAGGCUGCUGGUGGUCUGGGCGCUGGCUCUUCCAGCUACGUGCCGCCUCAUAUGCGGAAGGGUGGUGCUGGUGGUGGCGAGAAGAUGGGCGGUCGCUUCGAGAAAGACGAUCUGGCGACUCUCCGAGUUACAAACGUCAGCGAGUUGGCAGAAGAGCAAGAGGUCCGGGACCUCUUCGAGCGGUUCGGUCGUGUCACCCGAGUCUUCCUUGCCCGGGACAGAGAAACCCAGCGGGCCAAGGGCUUCGCAUUCAUCAGCUACGCAGACCGGGGCGAUGCGGCCCAUGCGUGCGAGAAAAUGGACGGCUUCGGUUACCGCCACCUUAUCCUUCGGGUCGAGUUUGCCAAGCGUACUACUACUUAG